AUGGCGACUAAAGUCUCACAACGAAGCGCACAGACUGAUCUUGGUCGUUUAUGGACAGAGGCGAUACGAGACUACAAUGCACGCACUAAAGAGGACCUUUCGGCCUUGGGCGCACGAAGUAUCACCGAGGUCAUGCGACAAACCGAUACAGAUAUGAAGAAGUUCAAAGGGUUUCGAGACGACGGUAGCAAGAUGUCGAGCUUCCGAUCGGCUAUGGGUGACCAUCUCGGCGACUUCCAGAAAUGCAUCGAUGGGUUUGCUGCAGUCGGAGCUGCAGUCAGUGCGUUUCCACCGGCGAUGCCAGUGGGACUGGUGUUCACGGCUGCUAGUCGCUUCAUAUCCGCUUUCGCAGGGGUCAGAGCUGAAUACGACCGCGUUGAAGAAUUCUUUGCAUAUUCAGCUCGUUUCUUCGAGCGAUUAUCGAUUCUGGAAGGACGAGCACAAUCUGGUCCACUUGCGAUCGCAAUCGUCAGAAUCUUCUCUAUGCAGCUAUCGGUAUGCGGCAGGGUAAGACGUCUAGUGGACGAGAAGAAGAUCAAGCAUUGGCUCAAUGCAUUGUGGAACGAAGUAGAUGAAGAGCUUGUAUCGGCGUAUGCUGCAAUGCAGGCAUCGAUCCAGGAACUCGACGAAGCUGUGGGGUUCGAAAGCUACAGCUCUAUCAAGACCGUACAGGACGACGUGCUUGUCAACAGUGCUAAACUGGACGAACUCGAUAAGAAGCUGCAAUCAUACCGCGAAAACUUGGGAAAGGACAUCCAGCAAGUCUACGCGAGCACCCUAAAUCUCCAGGUUGUCGUCAGCGAGGGAUUCUGCGCUGUCCAAUAUCAGCUAUCCGAAAACCAUGCUGAAGAGAGCGCUCUACUUCGCCAGAUUUUGAAACAUACAGCCAAGUUGAGCAAAGAAUCAGAAAAUGAUGACAAAAAGAAACAAGCUCGGAAACCCAAAGGCGACAUUGGUGAUCGCAAGUUCCAAGCUUUGCGCGAGCUCAAGAAGUUCUUUGCCGAGAAUUACAGUGCGUUUCCUUCGUGGCAGGAUGCCCACCAGCGAAACUUGUUGCAAGAAGAAGACAUGAGCGAUGCCAAGGUCAAGAAAACCGCUGAAUGGUUGCACGAACAUACAUCCUUCAAGAAAUGGGUGGAUAGAGAAAACCCUCUAUUGUGGCUACGAGGUGCCGAGGGAAUGGGCAAGUCAUUCUUAGCCUAUUCGGCUGAUCAAGAGCUACGACGCACGCAAAAUGAACACGACUGCUUCGCCUACUUUUAUUUCAAAGAAGAACAUCCUUAUCAACAGUCAAUGCAGAAUGCGUUUGCUUCUGCUGCACUUCAAAUCGCCGGGUCUAACAACAGAUACGCCGAACAGGUUGCAGCCAAGAUCAAGGACAAGUCCACCACGCCAGCAGAGACCACUUGGCAACGGUUCUUUCUCUCAAUGUUUCCAAGUGACAACAAAGUUGGCAGCCGCCUCUUUCUUGUCUUUGACGGCCUAGACGAGGCACAUGUACAGGAAGGUGGGAUAUUCACGCAGUUUCUGUCUGACUUAAAGGAUCAGAAAGCUAAUGUCUCGGUCUUUGCAACGAGCAGACCGGGAGAGAUCCCGACACUACAGUCUCUCGGACCCUUGGUUCUCGAUAUCACCAAGCAGGAGAUCAAACGCGACAUGAAACUACUCGUGAAAGAUCGCCUACAUACACUUCCGCGCGUGCGCAAGUUCAGUCACAAGGUCAAGAAAGCUAUCACUAGCAAAGUAGUCAAGCAAGCGGACAGUAUGCUUUACGUCGAGCAUAUGCUUAGGAGGUUCUCGUAUAUCGGUCGAGAACGAGCAGUCUCACAAGCAUUAGAGAACCUGCCUCCGAACCUGCAUGGACUUUACCGACUUCUUUUAGAUGAGUGUCGCCAAAACCGGUCGAAUGAACAAUACCAGGCAAUGAAAAAAUUGUUUGCGUGGCUGGCGUUCUCUAAACGAUCAUUGAGUGUGACUGAGGCUUCCGGUCUGAUUCGACUCACAUUACCUGAUGACACAUUCGAUAUCGAAGAGGAGAUUAUUGGACGUUCGUCACGCAUUCUUGAGCUUACCCAAGCACGUCAACUUGAGGAAGACGCUAAGGACGAUGAAAAUGAUGACGACGAGAACGACGAGUCGAAAGACGACGGCAUGCUUGUAAUCGACUACGAAGACUCUCCCCUAUGUUUCCAGGACCGCUCUCUUCGGCAAUACUUCAAGAGUGUGAGUGUCGAAGACGAUGGUACAACAGAGUUUCGAACGCCUGCUGCCGCUGCACAUCUUACGAUCCUUCAGAUGUGUGUAGAUAUCAUGAUGACAGCGGCCCAGGAACCUCGAUCAUCGACGAGGUCAGGACUUACGCUCUACGCCAUCACUUAUUGGUAUGAACAUCUCAAAGAGCUAGAUGUGGAUACUGUUUCCUCUGCUGUUGUCCGUGAUGUGCUGGUCAUCCUUCACUGCAUCACCAAUAAUAAGAACAAUGUCGCCAAACUGUUCGAGGAGCUAGCAACGGACACGGAGAUAUAUCCAGAGCCCACCCCCGAUGGACCUACCGCUUGGUUCGAUACACUUACACCAUGGGCGAAAAAGGCAACAACGCUGCCAAACGGGUCAAUAAAUGACGAAAUCUUGGACUGGGCGGUUACUGUCAACCGGGAUAAUGUUUUGCUGCCGCUAGCUCAAGGUCACGUGCAGAACUGGUUGGAUGCCGACGAUGAAUUUUGGAUACCCGAAAUCUUUCGAUUCGUGAAAUCUGCGCUUGCUUGUGCGAAUCGUCUCGAGGCUAAUGAAGAUGAUCCACUUCAAUAUAUCAACGCUGUCAUCACGCAAUAUAAUGUUCCAUCUAAGGACUACAAGGCUUUGCGAGUCACUGGUUUCACGCUGGCUGACUACAUCGACUCGACAGACGAUCCUGAUCGUAAACAAAAAUUGGCCACGGAAGCUAUAACCCACCUGGAGAGUGCGGUCGAGUGCAUGACAGACUUGUCAACAAUCAAGCCAAGCAAGCUGGGUACCCCAGCUUGGCUUGAUUGUUGGGUGCCUCUACUUCAGCUUAGCUUAAUUGGCUUGGUGGGUUAA